GCGCCUUUGUAGGGUCCUAGAGUAGCUGCCGUCGCUGUUUAGAAUGUAAUGUUAAAGUAGAGCGCAGUUUGUUUUUAUUGCUUUUAUAAAACGAAAAACACUGCGAGGAUGUUGUGUUUUUUGUUUCGAACUUGAUUAGUUAAUAUGUUUUAACUUCUCACUCUCACUGCAGAUAUAUGAACGAACGUAACUGAAAUCCUUUACUUUAGUGUGCAGUAUGUAACUUAAUCGUAUUGGUUUUGGCUGUUUUAUGGGAAACGGUUUAAAAUAUCGGAUUGUGUGUGUGGAUGCUGUUGGUGGGGCAAUAAGAAGCAUUUAUCAGGAUGUUCUCGAGUAAAGAUGGUCUGAUAUCUGCAAACAGUUCAUGGCCGUGUUCAUCACAGAAGCAACUCUCUGAUGUUCUCAGCACGACACUAGACAACAAACUGAACGACACACAAUGGUUUCAACAUGACAGGAAUGAAGCUGUCUGUCUGGAGAGAGCAGAAGAGGACUCACCGUGUGUCGUCACACUUCAGUGUUCACCCGGCUCUGCGUCUGCGAUCAGCAGUCUUCAGGUGGUCAGUGAAGCCCGCACUAUUGAAGUGUACUCGCUGUCUGGAGAAUACUGCGGCACCUGCCGUGGAGAGGAAGUUCAAAUAUCACACACUAAUGGGUAUAUUUCUGAAGAAGAGAGGCAUUUCUACAGGAAUAAUCUGAUUCUGGAAAGCCCUGCUGUGUCCUGUGAGGUGAAGCUGCUGUCUCUCGGUGGCCGCUCCUCUGUGUCUGUCGCUCAUGUUUGUGUGGGACUGGAGACACUGAAGGGCAGACAAGGUGGGCCGAGAGUAGAGCCAGGCAUUGACCUUCAGCAGGUGCAGGCCAUGAUGGAGGAGAUGGGCACCACCCUUUCACCGGGAGCACAAAAUCUAUUGGAGCUGGUGCAGUGCCAGCAAAAGAAUAAAUCAGACAUGCUGAAUGGUUUCAUUCCCCUGCUCAUGGGAGGAGGGGCUUUAAGCUGUCUGUCAAGAGGAGGCGGGGCUUCCAGUGCCGAAGAGGCGGAAUCAGGCCCAAAUCUACCCUCUGGCCUCGAGCAGCUUCUGUCUGCCAGCAACCAGAACCAGAUACCCACUGCAAUGUCUGCCCUGCUAAACUCGGAAUCAGCCACAGUCAGCCCAGACCUGCUUCCAAUGCUGCAGAGCGUAUGCGGUCAGGUCACACAGCUCCGUCUGGAGGAAGCCACAUCUCCAGAAAGGAAGAAGAAUGGAGAGCGUGAGGGCCAUAUCUGCUGUGGAGGGUUUGAGAAGAUUCUGGAGACGGUUGUGGAGAAGAGAAUGGAUGAGAUGGAGAGAAGAUUAAAGGAACAUCUGGACCUGCGUCUGGACGCUCUUCAGCAAAGACUAGAGAUCACACUUCAGCAGGCACUGUCACAUAAACAACAACAGUAAACACCGUCCUGUAAAACACAGAAUUAAUACUUCUAACAAGAUCUCAAGCAUGAGAUGACAACCAUAUUAUUCUAUAAAGGUAAAUAAAUAUUCAAGUCAACUAUACCUAUAUGAUAAAAAUGGUUCUAACAUUUUUGGCCAGCAGUCUCUCCUGCUUUGAGUAGAAAUGCUUUACAGUUUAAGAAAACAAUUUCAAUGAUUCAGUCUUAAGUCACUGUACUGACCUGGUUUUGCAUAGUAAUUAACAGUUUGCUAUGUCGGUUGACUAACUUAAGUUCACAAAAUUAUAUCAGUUGAUCGUCACACAUCACAAUCACUCAUGGAACACUUCUUAGUAACAGUUGAAAUACAGGUAAUAAAUUAUUUUAUCCAAAAGAUACAACUUGUGCUGCUAAAAGAACAUUUUUUUUCUGUUAUUCUGACUAUUGCAAAAUAAACUGUAAUGCUAACAGCUGAUUUAGAAGUUGUACUUAAAACAGUUGCACCGACGUUAUUGAAUAUGGAGUAUUUGUUACUGUAAAUGACCUUUGUAAAUGAUGUUCAUAUGUUGGAGAACUAACAUUAAACUGCUGUUUAUACUAAAAAUAAUGUUGCACUUUUAUUAUGUUAGUUUGUCAUGUUUAUGUUUUGUUAAAGAACACUUUCAUGCCAUCCAUUUUCUUUUGUUUUUCAAAACAAAACAAAAAAAACAUUGUUAUUGUAGUUAAAUGUAACAAUAAAUUCAACAUGUUAAUCAGUGCACCACAAAAACAGAUUUAGUAUUAACAAUCCAUCUUAAUAUGUGACGUAUAUUUUAUUUUGAAACAAACAUUCAGCUUUUUUCAAAUAUACUGCAUUUGAUAGCACUUGCAAGCACCUGACACUAGCUGUGGUUCCUUCUUGUUCAAUCUUUACGUUAGUUCUCCACAUUAUUUAUAAGCAAUAAACUAUGUUUGCCCCCA